CCGCCCGAAGUCGCGCUUUGUUUACAGUGAGCUACCUGCUAGCCUGCUAGCUCAAGGCAGCGUUCAGGAUGGCCGCGCCAAGCUAACGGUCGACCACUCCUCUGCGUUAAAAGAUUCUACAGGCGGCCACCUUGGAGCCUUAGUAGGGGGUGGGGGCUUCUCCAGUUAUUAAAUUGUUGUCGUUGUCUGGCCCGCACAGCCACCAUGUCGACCGGCGUGGCUCUCCACAACCAGAUAGGCUCCAUCAUCACCGCUAUGUGUAACGCCGCCGCGGCUCAGAUCGCCAAAGUAGUGGAGGACGGCAUGGUGGUGCUUCGACUGGAGGUGUCCCAGCGGGAGCAUGAGAUCAGGAGGCUGAGAAGCAGCGUGGAGGUGCUACACGGCGAGCUGAGAGCCGCCAGACUCACGACAGGCCUGCGAGUGCAGCCCCUCGGCUUGAAUGAGAGUCUGAGCGCCUCUGAGGCUGAGAGGGCGAAUCCUGAAAAGGUCCAAAGUGACUUUCCGAAUCAUAACGUACCUGUAAAGCGAGAACCCCAGGAAGAGGAUGGAUGCGGUCGACCCGGACAGCGAGUAGAAGAGCAGAACCCGUAUGAAAAUGCUGACGCUGAGUGGAGACGGCGUCAAAUCCCGCCCAGCAACUCCUAUGUAGCAGCUUCCGAGUCUCCCAUGGACAUCCGGCAGGCCGCACCGUGUAGCAGCUCGUAUGGCCGCAGUCCACACCGCAACCUGUACAGCACCAUGCGAAGGAGGAUGGUCAAUCGCUUGAUGUUCAAGAGAGGCUUUGCCUGUCCGUUCUGCGGCAAAUGUUUCGAGCACUCUGGAAACCUGGAGAGGCACAAAAGGAUUCACACGGGGGAGAAACCGUUCCGCUGCGAGAUCUGCGGGAGACGCUUUAAUCAGAAGUGCAGUCUCAAGGAGCACAUGAAGAUUCACCAAAGAUGUCUGCAGGUCACACCAACAGACGUCCAAAUGGCGGCACAGAAACAAAACAGUGCCGACACGCAGCGGCCACCAACAGAGGGAGACAUUCAUGCCGCAGCCAAGCUGAUUUCUUUGACCGAAUCGUCCCAAACAUCAGCUCAAGUCAAGUCUGAGCUGCUGGAGGAGAGCAUAUCACUGCCAAAAAGAGAAGAGGUGGACAGUGAGGAUCAGCAGAGAUCGCCCAGGUCUAAUGGCCCGACCAGUAGCGAACAAGCCGAGAGAUCAGCACAGGAUGUCAUUUCCUUCCCAGGUGGUACUCCGUUAGUCUCGCCACACGCGGAGUCUUCUUGCAGCACCUUCGCCUUCCCAGGGAAACCUUUCGGAGAGGUCAGCAACCACAUGAUGUCACAGCCACCAUAUGCAACGCCGGGAGUCUGUCGGAUAAACGACGACGCUGCCGCCGAGUCCCAGAAUGGCACAAGCUCCUUCUACCAGACGUCCAGGCCGAAGAAGUGCUUCAUCUGUUCGUACUGCGGGAAGAUGUUUGUGCGCGCCGGACACCUAGAGCGCCAUUUACGCAUCCACACAGGCGAGAAGCCGUACGGCUGCGACAUCUGCGGCCGCUGCUUCAACCAGAAGUCUAGUCUCAAGUGUCACAUGAAGACUCACAGAAACGUCAGGAGCACAGAAGAGCAAGGGGAAAAUCCCCUGACGAUGCCCGACAGUGGACUGCAGGAAAAGGUGCUGGAAGCCAAGACUGGGCCGGGGGCUUUGGAGGACCAGCUAACCGGAUACGGCGACUCGGGAAGGAGCGACGCUUUAAUUUUGAACCACACCAAUUAUCCUCUGGGUGCCUCAGCCGGAGCCGCCAACGAGUGGCAGUCUAUGAAAGAGCUGCCAUUCCUAGAUGGCAAAGUGAAGAUGGACAUUCUGUCCUUGGAUCCCUUCUCACAGAUGGGGAUACAACCUCAAUGCUCCAAUUUGAUCCUCGGUCCCGAUCGCCACUUUGACCAUGAGACCAGCUCGGGGAGAAUUGGAACUUUAUCGGAGUUCAAUCUGCCGUCCGCCGUUUGCCAGGAGGAGUCCGGCAGUGGUGCCGCCAGCACGCAGAAUUGCUACAUUUGCUCUGCAUGCGGGCAAAGUUUUGACACUUUCAUUUUGUUCGAAAGGCACCAGUGCAAGCCCACUUGAGCGCAAAUGUUGAGAUCUUCAACCCAACUAACUGAACGUGCACAUGAAGUCACUUCACUACCAUUGCAGUGUUUCCCAUAUAUUAAUUUAUUUGUGCCAGGUGUUAUCUUCUCGCUCAUAAUCACAUGACAAUAAUCAGUCCCUGCAGGAUAAAGCGAUGUUACGAUGGCACCAAUUCACACAAAUUCAACUACCGUAUUUUUUGGAGUAUAAGUCGCACCGGCCGAAAAAGCAUAAUAAAGAAGGAAAAAAACAUAUAUAAAUCGCACUGGAGCCCAGCCAAACUAUGAAAAAAAACUGCGACUUAUAGUCCGAAAAAUACGGUAAUCACUGCAAUUUUGUCCAUUACCCCCGACUUUACCCCCAAUCAGCGUCAUUGUUGCCAAUCAAAUUUGCCUCUAAGCGGCGCUCAAACGCGCACGUCAACUUUCCAAUCAUAUUUGUCUAUUGUCUAGAAAAAACAGCAACGUGUAACAAUUUUUUCAACUCUUUAUUCAUCAAAUGACACAAUUGUCGUCUUUCUGCAUAUCUCAGAUCUACUUUUGGUUCCUAUCCACGGCGCUAAGCCUUCUGUGUAAUGUAGUAUAUAACCAUUUUGCAACACACUGGCAUGCUCACCGCCCUAGUUUUUGUAUUUAUAUAUUUAUUUAACAUUUAUUUAUCCCGGGUAAGGCAGUUGAGAACACUUUCUCAUUUGCAAUGCUGACCCGGCAAAGGGGCGUCAUUUACAUGUCAGAGAUGUUGAAGUGUGACGAUAAUCUUUCAUUGUCUCUCCUUGCCAACAAAAAGUACCGCAAUAGAUCGUUUUCAGCAGUUCCAAAAAAAUGCCCACCACUAUUACCGUAUUUUUCGGAGUAUAAGUCGCACCGGCCAAAAAUGCAUAAUAAAGAAGGAAAUAAACAUAUAUAAGUCGCACUGGAGUAUAAGUCGCAUUUUUUGGGGGAAAUUUAUUUGAUAAAACCCAACAUCAAGAAAAGACAUUUAAAAGGCAAUUUAAAAUAAAUAGAGAAUAGUGAACAACAGGCUGAAUAAGUGUACGUUAUAUGACGCAUAAAUAACCAACUGAGAACGUGCCUGGUAUGUUAACGUAACGUAACUAUUACCGUAUUUUUCGGAUUAUAAGUCGCUCCGGAGUAUAAGUCGCACCGGCCAAAAAUGCAUAAUAAAGAAGGAAAUAAACAUAUAAGUCACACUGGAGUAUAAGUCGCAUUUUUUGGGGGAAAUGUAUUUGAUAAAACCCAACACCAAGAAUAGACAUUUGAAAGGCAAUUUAAAAUAAAUAAAGAAUAGUGAACAACAGGCUGAAUAAGUGUACGUUAUAUGAGGCAUAAAUAACCAACUGAGAACGUGCCUGGUAUGUUAACGUAACAUAUUAUGGUAAGAGUCAUUCAAAUAACUAUAACAUAUAGAACAUGCUAUACGUUUACCAAACAAUCUGUCACUCCUAAUCGCUAAAUCCCAUGAAAUCUUAUACCAUACAUGCCAACUCUCCCGAAUUUUCCGGGAGACUCCCGAAAUUCAUCGCCUCUCUCGAAAACCUCCCGGGACACACAUUCUCCCGAAAAUCUCCCGAUUUUCAGCCGUAGCUGGAGGCCACGCCCCCUCCAGCUCCAUGCUGACCGAGUGAGGACAGCCUUUUUUCACGACGGGAGGACAACAGGAUGACAAGAACUAAAUCAUCCAGACUAGAGAUACAUACAUUGUAUUAUUAUGUUUAUCUUACCUAAAACUAAAUAUAUUUACUAAUUAAAACCCCCCCCCAAAAAAUGAAAUACAUUUUUACUAUAUUUUGCUAAAAACAUCAAAAUUAAUUGUAUUUUUAUUUGUAUUUUUUUCUGACUCCUUAUUACAUCCAGCCAUAGAAUUAUACAUUAAAAUAAACAUAUUUGAAAUAAUUAAUUUUAAAUUAUCAUAAUAAUUCAUUUAAAAUGACCAAAUUUAAUUAUUAAAAUAAUUGCUUGUUUAUCAACAACUUUAGCAUUUUAUUCAUUACAUUUUGAAGCUCUCAGAAGCCAAGUUAUGUUAUAUUCCUUAAUAUUUAUUUAUGCAAGUUUGAAGUAUCAAUUAUCUAAACACAGUUUUGUUUGCAUAUUUUCAGGAUGUAUAUAUAUAUAUAUAUAUGUAUGGAAUACUUGACUUGGUGAAUUCUAGCUGCCAAUAUACUCCUCCCCUCUUAACCACGCCCCCAACCACGCCCCGCCCCACCCUUGACCACGCCCCCCGCCCUCCACCUCCCGAAAUCGGAGACCUCAAGGUUGGCAAGUAUGUCUUAUACGUCUCGUCUCUUACGUGAAUGAGCUAAAUAAUAUUAUUUGACAUUUUACGGUAAUGUGUUAAUAAUUUCACACACAAGUCGCUCCUGAGUAUAAGUCGUUUUUCAAACUAUGAAAAAAAACUGCAACUUAAAGUCCGAAAAAUACGGUAGGUGGAUCUUUUCCUGGUCUUGUUGGAAAAUUUCAGGCGAUGAAAUGACGACGGCACAUAUCGUGUGAAAAAGACAAAUAAGCGCAUUUUUAUCUCGUUUCAUUUCAAAAGUAUUUUUGCGCACAUUUGGGUUACAACCGGUACGGCAUUGACGUUUACAUGUGACGUCCUACAAAGACAAGGAAGGACACUCCUCUUCCCCAUUCCGGAAAGGACCAUUGUCUGUCCACCAAUCAACACGCUACAUUGUGGCUAACUCCGCCCCUCUAGGUACCCCACCCCCAUGUGCUUUGAACGUCAAUGACACGGUGCAAAAAAGUGGUAAACUUAAGACAAAGUUUAGUAUAACCCUGACUACUGCAAUCAUUUCAAAUCAGUGUUCUUAUAAAUACAAAAUAAGCAGGUAUCUUAUGCUUAUUUAGCUUUUCAGUCAGCGUUGAAAAGUAAAAACUCUUCAAGCCAAGACUGCGAUAAAAUUCAAGAGUGUCACAAUGAAUUCCAGGUCCCUCAUAAACAGUGAUGAUUGACAGUUACUUAAUUACCCAUUUCCACGCUUGACUAAUAGCAACCUUUUAUGUUGCAGUGUAACAUAACUUCCCCCUCAUUAUUUUCACAAGAUAUUUUAAGUCACGUCGAUCAUCAACACACCAUUUAUCGUCCUGAUGUAUUAUUAUUUUGUGUGCACAGAGCAAGAGAUGUUUGUCUCGGCUUAUUUGACGUGGAAUGUUCCCCCGAGGCCAAGGAGGUUAACGUUGUUCGCGCUCGUCAAGAGGGCUGAUUAUCGUGUAACUUGCUAGGUUAUCUACCUAAACAUGUUCCAAUAACUUUUCUAUCCUGAAGCCAACGAAAACAGUGUUGAAUCGUGUUUACUGUGAACGUUCUUGAAUUGAAUGAUUUUUUUUUUGUUUUAUAAUCAAGGGUACGUCCACCUUGAAGUUUAGGAUUAAAGUGAUAUUUUUUCACGUAAUUCGCCAGAACAAGUUCUGAUCUUAUUAAAUCGAUUGUCUAUGUUACGAGUGUAGCUACUUUAAAUUGUUGAGAAUACGUUGGCAGUGCUUCCAUACAAAACAACUUGCCUUUUUCUCACCUGAACAGAAGCUGUCUUUUUGAGUUUUUGUCAAAUCUACUAAUUGUUUAUGAUUGCUUAAACGGUCAGCGGCCAUUGGUCAGUCUUCUCAAUGGCUCGUUGUUUGUUCUUUUUAUGUGGACGAGAUGAGCUUUGUCUUAGUCGACGAUUAAAAGUUGAUUGCAUUUGUUAAAUGUGUCACUUGUCUCGGUUUAAUGUUGUACAAUUAAACACAAUAACAAGAGGAUUUAUAUAUAUAUACACAUCGUAUUUUUCGGAGUAUAAGUCGCACCGGAGUAUAAGUCGCACCUGCCGAAAAUGCAUAAUAAAGAAGAAAAAAAAACCAUAUAAGUCGCAUUUUUUGGGGAAAUUUAUUUGAUAAAACCCAACACCAAGAAUAGACAUUUGAAAGGCAAUUUAAAAUAAAUAAAUAGUGAACAACAGGCUGAAUAAGUGUACGCAUAAAUAACCAACUGAAAAUGUGCCUGGUAUGUUAACGUAACAUAUUAUGGUAAGAGUCAUUCAAAUAACUAUAACAUAUAGAACAUGCUAUACGUUUACCAAACAAUCUGUCACUCCUAAUCGCUAAAUCCCAUGAAAUCUUAUACGUCUAGUCUCUUACGUGAAUGAGCUAAAUAAUAUUAUACGGUAAUGUGUUAAUAAUUUCACACAUAAGUCGCUACUGAGUAUAAGUCGCAUCCCCGGCAAAACUAUGAAAAAAACUGCGACUUAUAGUCCGAAAAAUACGGUAUAUAUUAGGGGUGUAACGGUACGUGUAUUUGUAUUGAACCGUUUCGGUAACGGGGUUCCGGUUCGGUUCGGAGGUGUACUGAACGAGUUUCCACACGGACAUAUUAAGUAGCGUAACGCACGUUGUGUAAACAAUGCACACCGAGGCACAACACACAACGGGCUAUGAUAGACUGACCUCUUUUCACCGGACAUGUCCUCUUUUGCGGAGCUGUCAGGGCGGAGUUUCUUAAAUACCUCAAAUGUCUGGCAUUUAGGGUUGCGUGUAUUUUCAAUGUACGUUCAGGGUUAAGAAGGGGUUAAAAACAAAACAAAUUGUGCGCGCAGCAGCAUUCUUGAGGGAGGGGCAGAGACAGAGAGAGAGAGAGAGUUAUGAUAAACGCGCAUGCGUCGCCAGGCUCUGCUUUUUAUCCAUAGAUUUAUCAGAUUAAAUUUUUUAUUAUCUAUAGCAGGGGUGUCAAAAGUGUGCCCCGGAGGCCAUUUGCGGCCCACAGCUAAUGUUUUAAAGGCCCACGGCACAUUCUAAAAAUACUAUUAAAAUAAACAAAAAUAUAACAAAAGUGAAAUAAAAAAAGCUUAAAAGUUAAAUGUAAUUUAGAAAAAGUUGCAAUGUUGACUAAUAAAACAAAGCUGUUUUUUUUUCCUUUCAAACUGUCAUUGCUCAAAACAUAAUAUUGAAUCAAAAUCAAUGUUUUUAUGAAUUAUUGACCUGUCCAAGGUUCCGAUUACUUCACAUCAAAUAUUCCACUAAGAAAAAUAUUUUUGGUGGAAGAUUUUGCAAAUUUGGUAAAUAAAUAACCCCGAAAUUUAUAUUUUGUUGUUUUCUUACUGUACCGAAAAUGAACCGAACCGUGACCUCUAAAACGAGGUAUGUACCGAACCGAAAUUUUUGUGUACCGUUAGACCCCUAAUAUAUAUAUAUAUAUAUAUAUAUAUAUAUAUAUAUAUAUAUAUAUAAAAAAAUUGGUCUGUGGUAAAUCAAUUUCCACAAAGUAAAAGUUAAUCAUUAUAAAUUGAAUACAGUAGUACCUCAACUUGCUAAAUCUGUUUAUCGCAGUUAAUUGGGCCACAAUGUUAAAUACAUGGUAAAUGGGUUAUACUUGUCUAGCGCUUUUCUACCUUCGAGGUACUCAAAGCGCUUUGACACUAUUUCCACAUUCACCCAUUCACGCACACAUUCACACACUGAUGGCGGGAGCUGCCAUGCAAGGCCUUUAACCACGACCCAUCAGGGGCAAGGGUGAAGUGUCUUGCUCAAGGACAGGGGAUUGAACUAGGAACCCUCAGGUUGCUGGCACGGCCACUCUCCCAACCGCGCCACACCGUCCCCAUAAAUAAAUAGAACAAUAAACACAUUUUUGCAACAUUGCGUGUACAUUGGGGCGGUAUAGCUCGAUUGGUAGAGUGGCCGUGCCAGCAACUUGAGGGUUCCAGGUUCGAUCCCCGCUCCUAUCCUAGUCACUGCCGUUGUGUCCUUGGGCAAGACACUUUACCCACCUGCUCCCAGUGCCACCCACACAGGUUGAAAUGCAACUUAGAUAUUGGGUUUCACUAUGUAAAAGCGCUUUGAGUCACUAGAGAAAAGCGCUAUAUAAAUAUAAUUCACUUCACAUUGAGGGCGGUGACUCUGGAUUGGCAGACAGGGGUGGUGGUUCCUCUAUUUAAGAACCGCAGGGUGUGUUCUAACUAUCGUGAGAUGAUACUGUAGAAGAGGCUAUUCCGGAAAGUUGAACCUCGGGUUCUGGAGAAGCGGUGUGGUUUUCAUCCUGUUUGGUGGCUGCAGGAUUAGGACUCUGCUCUUUGCAGGUGAUGUGGUCCUGCUGGCUUCAUCUGGCCCGGGAUCUUCUGCAUUAAUUAGAUCGGUUCGCAGCAGAGAGUGAAGUCCCUGGGAUGAGAAUCAGAACCUCCAAGUCCAAGUUCAUUGUUCUCUCCCUGAAAAAGGGUGUACCGCCAUCUUCGGGUUGGGGAGGAGAUCUUUCCCCAAAAAGAGAAGUUCAAGGACUUCAGACUAGGGUUGUCCCGAUACCAAUGUUUUGGUACCGAUACCAAUAUGUAUUUCUAUACUUUUCUAAAUAAAGGGAACCACAGAAAAUUGCAUUAUUGGCUUUAUUUGAACAAUUCUGCCCUUAAAUAAAAUAGUGAACAUACUAGACCAGUGUUUUUCAACCACUGUGCCGCGUGUCUUGAGAUAUUGUCUGGUUAUGCAACUUAAUAAAUUAUGCAACGUCACCUAA